AUGUUACCUGAAUUUAGGAGUCAAUUUUUUCAAUUACCGCUUAUUUCAACAACAUGGAUAUAUAUACGAAAUCGAUAUAUAGAAAGAAAAAAAAAUUCUCUCUUUCCAGUUCGUAUUAUUUUAUUAAUUAUCGAACAAACAAUAUCAUUAGUAUACGAAAAUAUUAUUCGACCUUUGCUCAAUCCAUGUUAUAUAUACGUGAAUAAGUUGGAUGAUUAUCUAUGUUCACAUAUUGAUUCUAUUCGAAAUAUUUGUCCAAUUGUUGAUCGUACUUCAAAUGAAGUAAUUGAACGUUAUAGUGAUGUAUUUUUCUUAUCAUUUAUGAAUAAAAAUUCCAAAUCAUCUACAAUUCAUAGUAAUUCUAAUAACAUAAACAAUAUUCAUGAAGAAAAAAGUUUUAAAGUUAUUCAACGAUUUUCUCAAUUUUUAACAAAUAUUUUAAUGAUGAUUGAGAUUUAUUCGAAAUCUAUUCAAAAUGAAUUAAAUGAUCACAUUGAUGCAUGUCGAAAUCUUUGGAAAACUUUGAAUAUGGAAGAUGGACGAUCACUAGAUGCAGUUGAUUCAUUUUCGGAAAAAUUACUUGUACUCGGUCGUCGUAUAACUGGAAAUUAUCGUCAAUUUAUUUAUAUUAUUCGUUAUCAAAUGAAACGAUUUCGAUCUAUAUUAUUUUCAUUUUUACAUAUUCAAAAUCGCUUUCGUUCAAUUAUAUGGCGUCUUACUCGAAAAAUUCGAAUGAAUCGAAUAAAUGAAAACCGUAAUAAUCGUGCACAAUAUGGAUUAGUAACAUCAAAAGGAUAUGUUCAUCAUUAUUUAGAGAUGAUGAUGCUCCAUGCAGCUAAACAUCCAUGGAUGAGAUGGAAACAACCACAAUUAAAUCAAACAUCUGAAUCACAGGUUGAAAGACCAUUAAAAUUCAUUCGUCCAAUGUUCUUUCUCUCACCAAAUAAUACUUCGGAUUGUAGCGGAUCUGAAGAUAACCUUCGAGGUCAAUCUUUUAAUAUUCUUCAAUCAACACCAUAUCGACGAAAUCAUAAACAUUCUAAUAUAAUCCAAUCAAAAAGACAAAUUGAAGAUGUUUUAUCAAAUAUUUCAUCAUCUUUAUCAAGUACACCUGAACAAAGUUUUGAUGUUAAAGAUAUUAUUCGACAAGUUGGGGCACAGUCCCGUCAACCGUCAGAUACAAAUAGUUCAACAGAUCAAGAUGAUGAAAAUCGAAUUAUUGAACAAGCACUAAAUGAAACAGAUGAUAAUGAACAACAACAGCAAUCAGUUUCUGUAUUUGAUCUUUCUCCUAUGCUUGCUAGUGGUUGUGCUGUUUGA